AAAAUGUGUUAUUUUAUUGAAAAUCAACGCACGUGACGUAAUUUUAUCAAACGAAAAGACCACCAAAUAAAAUUGAUGGAGAAUGUUAAAGGAGGUUAAGCAUAACAGAUCAAGUUUGAUUACGAACUAUAAUCGAUCUCUUCAACAUCAAUUCAUUGACAUAUCAUGCCAGUGCCACCUCCAAAUGCCUAUUCACCAGGCAAAAAGAUAACUGUUGGCUCUCACAACAUAUCUAUUAUCAAAUACAUUUCAGAGGGGGGGUUCGCUCAUGUAUACACUUGUACUAUAGAUCCUCCAUUUAAUGGAUCUACAGUAGCAUGUUUAAAAAGAGUUGAGGUACCCAGUAAAUGGCAAUUAAGUUUACUAAGACAGGAAGUGGAUGCAAUGAAACGAUUGAGAGGAAAUAAAUACAUUGUAUCUUAUAUUGAUUCUCAUGCUACAAGAUUAGAUGAGGGAAACACAGCAAGUCCAGAUCAAAAAUAUGUAGUGUUUCUCCUUAUGGAAUAUUGUGAAAACAAAGGUGUGAUUGAUUUCAUGAAUCAAAGAUUAGUCAAUAAACUUACCGAAACUGAAAUAUUGGAUAUAUCAUAUCAAGUUACUAUUGGUGUUGCGAUGUGUCAUCAUUUGACUCCGCCAUUAAUUCAUAGAGAUAUCAAAAUUGAAAAUGUCUUGAUUGAUGCAAAGGGAACGUUCAAACUAUGUGAUUUUGGUUCCUCUGUAGCAUACAUUCCAGCCCCAAAGACUCCUCAAGAAAUUCAACUGGUGAGAGAAGAUAUUAUGCAACAUACUACUCCUCAAUAUAGAGCUCCAGAAAUGAUAGAUUUAACUAAGGGAUUCCCCAUUGAUGAUAAACUGGAUAUAUGGGCCCUUGGAUGUUUUAUUUAUAAACUUUGUUAUUAUACUACUCCAUUUGAACUGCCUAAUCAAACUUCAUUACAAGAUUUAGAACAGCUGAUUUUAAACUGUAAUCAUACUUUGAGAUUUAAUGAUCAACCAGGUCUGAUGUUUUCAAGAAGAUUAAAGAAUAUAAUCGCUUGUUGUUUAAGACCUGAUCCAAGAAGAAGACCAAAUGCAGUACAAUUAUUGGGUGAAAUUGCUUCAAUGAAAGGUGAUGUCUUACCAAGUGUCAUACCUCAAACUGUUAAAGAACAAUUAAUUCAUAUCAAAGCUUCUGAAAGUGUUGAAAGUACCAAUAAAUUAUAUGACACUUUUGAUAGACCAAAAGCUUCUAAAUCAGUUGAAAAUUUGCAUGUUCCAGAUCCAUUUGCUGCUAUUGAUAAAUCAAGUUUACUUACUAAACCAAUUGCAGAAGUAGCAAAUAGAGCUAAUAAUGGAAGAUCCAUCCCUCCCAGACCAAGGUCUACUUAUAUAUCUCCUCAUGCAAGUAUUGAUGCGGAUUACUCUAAGUUGAAUUCAAAUGGUUAUAAUUCAUCAAAGUCGACAUCUGCUCUUAAAGAUUAUGUUCAAAAACAAUUGAUUGAUAAUGAUCUGAGAAUAUCUAAUAGAAAGAGUUCAGAAAGUGAAAGAGGUACUCUCGAUUUCUUAAAGAGUAAAGAAGAAGAGGCUACUCUAUAUAAGAACGAUACAGGUGGAAGUAUAAAAGCAAGCAUAAUGAAUAACUUAAGAAAGAUAAGUACAGGAAGCAGUAUUAAUGGUCAUCAAAGUGCCAAUAACACUGGAAACAACAAUUACUCCAAGAAGAGUAAGAUAUCUUCUAUUAAAAAGAUAAUAACUGGAAAUUCUCAAAGAAAGGCAGGUUAUGAGGAAAGUAGUGGUAAUAAAGUUCCAGAGAAAGCAAAUCAACCACAUGUUCAAAAGUUAUCUAUUCAAAGAAGAAUGCAAGAAUUAAUGAAAAAUAAUGAAGCCAAUCCUGUUCAAAAAUCGGCUCAAGGAUAUGGUAGAUUCACCGAAACAAAAGCUUCAGAUGAUAUAGACGCCAUCAAUGCUAUACCAGUUGAAGAUAAACCUAAACAUCAUCAUCAUAGCCGACAAUUCAAGAAAUCAUUAACACCACCAAAAGUACCUCUAAGUUUAUCAUCAAGUGCAAGUGAAGAGAAAUCUAAAGGUAUGGCAAAAGUACGUAAAACUGUAACAGAAUCAUCUGCUUUACAAGAUAAUAAGCCGCCUGUGGUGGUGCCGGUUAGAAAAGCUCAAACUGAGAAGCUUCCACCUCCAAAGCCUAAAAAGCCAAACUAUUUGAAAUCAGAUAACACUAGGCGAUUAAGUAAUUCAAGUGAUUUAUCAUUACCUGAUUUAGAUGAUUUAGAGAAACAAUUCUCCAAAAGAUUUCCUAGUUAUGUUUAGUUAUAAACUUGUUCUGCACUCUAUAAUUUAAUGGCUUACGAUAAUAAUAAUAAUAAUAAACAUUUUUAAUAAAGUCGUCAUGAUACAUUUUACAUUUACUG